UCCUCAGGCCCUUUAAGGGCCGCUUCUCAGAGCGCAGGGAGCCGCGGAGUCCGGGGCGUGGGAGCGUUCCAUGGGCGGAGCGAGGGCAGGAGUGGGCGGACCGUGGGCGGAGCUCCGUCCGCGCCCUCCCGGCGCACCGCCUGCGGGGCGGUGACUGGCCCAGCCGCACCGCGUCUCCCGCCGUCUCUGCGGCCCCGCAGGCCCCGGGCCCUCUCAUUCCCAGCGCUGCCCUGUCUUGCGUUCCAGUGUUCUAGCUUCUGCGAGAUGACGCUCAAGGCGAGCGAGAGCGAGAGUGGGGGCAGCAUGCACACGGCGCUCUCCGACCUCUACCUGGAGCACUUGCUGCAGAAGCGUAGUCGGCCAGAGGCUGCAUCACAUCCAUUGAAUACUGUGACCGAGGACAUGUACACCAACGGGUCUCCUGCCCCAGGUAGCCCUGCCCAGGUCAAGGGACAGGAGGUGCGGAAAGUGCGACUCAUACAGUUUGAGAAGGUCACAGAAGAGCCCAUGGGAAUUACUCUGAAGCUGAAUGAAAAACAGUCCUGUACGGUGGCCAGAAUUCUUCAUGGUGGCAUGAUCCAUAGACAAGGCUCCCUUCACGUGGGGGAUGAGAUCCUAGAAAUCAAUGGCACAAAUGUGACAAAUCAUUCAGUGGAUCAGCUACAGAAGGCGAUGAAAGAAACCAAAGGAAUGAUCUCAUUAAAAGUAAUUCCCAACCAGCAAAGCCGUCUUCCUGCACUACAGAUGUUCAUGAGAGCGCAGUUUGACUAUGAUCCCAAAAAGGACAAUCUGAUCCCUUGCAAGGAGGCAGGACUGAAGUUUGCUACUGGGGACAUUAUCCAGAUUAUCAACAAGGAUGACAGCAAUUGGUGGCAGGGACGGGUGGAAGGCUCCUCCAAGGAGUCAGCAGGAUUGAUCCCUUCCCCUGAGCUGCAGGAAUGGCGAGUGGCAAGUAUGGCUCAGUCAGCUCCUAGCGAAGCCCCGAGCUGCAGCCCCUUUGGGAAGAAGAAGAAGUACAAAGACAAAUAUCUGGCCAAGCACAGCUCGAUUUUUGAUCAGUUGGAUGUUGUUUCCUACGAGGAAGUCGUUCGGCUCCCUGCGUUCAAGAGGAAGACCCUGGUGCUGAUCGGAGCCAGUGGGGUGGGUCGCAGCCACAUUAAGAAUGCCCUGCUCAGCCAGAAUCCGGAGAAGUUUGUGUACCCUGUCCCAUACACAACGCGGCCGCCAAGGAAGAGUGAGGAAGAUGGGAAGGAGUACCACUUUAUCUCAACGGAGGAGAUGACGAGGAACAUCUCUGCCAAUGAGUUCUUGGAGUUUGGCAGCUACCAAGGCAACAUGUUUGGCACCAAAUUUGAAACAGUGCACCAGAUUCAUAAGCAAGACAAGAUUGCCAUCCUUGACAUUGAGCCCCAGACCCUGAAAAUUGUUCGGACAGCAGAACUUUCACCUUUCAUUGUGUUCAUUGCACCUACUGAUCAGGGCACUCAGACAGAAGCCUUGCAGCAGCUGCAGAAGGACUCUGAGGCCAUCCGCAGCCAGUACGCUCACUACUUUGACCUCUCACUGGUCAAUAAUGGUGUUGAUGAAACCCUUAAGAAAUUACAAGAAGCCUUCGACCAAGCGUGCAGUUCUCCACAGUGGGUGCCUGUCUCCUGGGUUUACUAAGCUUGUAGAAUGGGGGAACCCACUGUAUGCCCCUCUCCAGCGUUUGGGACUCCACCCGCCUUGCUUUAAGACAAACAGGGCUGCUCCAACUAGUUUUGUGUCAGCUUCCAGCUCUCUGCAGCUAUCCUAAUUAAGCCAGUAGGGUUCAGUCUUCUUGCUCAGGCUCGUGAAGGGUUGAGAUUCGAUUUUCCUGCUAGAUGGGGCCCCACUGAUCUGCAUUUCAAGAGGAUUUCUAGAAAUUGGGGGUCAGAAGUACUACCAAAAUGUAACUGCUAAUCAAGGAUGAUGCACAGCAAAAGCAAUGGACCCCAUCCCUCUAAAGCCUGCCCUCCUUUGCCUGCAACUGUAUAUGCUGGGUAUUUCAUUUGUCUUUUUAUUUUGGAGAAAGCAUUUUUAACUGCAACUUUCUAUAAUGCCAAAAUGACACAUCUGUGCAAUACAAUGAUGUCUGCUCUAGGGAAACCUUCAAAAGCAAUAAAAAUGCUGUGUGGACAUGCCAA